UGUUGUGGUACCUUGCAGUAGUUGGUAGUGUCAAUAACUAACACACUUCUGCGUAACAGCAACUUGUUGUUUUUCUUUUCUAGGGAUUCCCCUGGAUUUCUGGUUGUGCGAAGAAUAACAUUGCAUCAAGAGCUUGGAGGAUUGUCGCUUUGCAGUUGGAUCUACUGUCUGUGUCUCCUUUGCUCUGGCAGCUGCAUGGAAUCUCCUUAAAUCAUGCAGGCUUUUUUUCUUUCGGCCUCCUUAGAAUUAAGAGCGCGUGCACACUCUGUCAAGCCCGAGGAAGCACUACGAUUGACGCCACCCCACACCUGCCUUUCCUUUCUCUCCUUCUCCACGCUCUUCCGCGUAUUAGUCGCUCACAUUUCAUAGUUGAUAAAAAAAACGACAACGCCCAUGACAGCUUCGCAUUCAAGCGAUUCAGGUUCCGUGGGACUCACUAAUAGCGUGCUGACUGAUCAACUGGUUGUUUCAGGAUACCGCUUUACAUCAGCAACGACCCCGAGUUUAGCACAUGGAGAAAAUUGUGACAUUGUCCAUGGCUACAGAAUCACGAAUAGAAGCGCUGUAGUAGCCAAGGCAUCAACGGAUUCUUUGCGCUUUGAACGAGAGUUUUUCAUCAUGAAAAAACUCUAUCAAUAUAAAGAUGGCCCAUCAUAUAUCGUACGACCACUCGAAUAUAUCAACAUGCCAAGUGGAUUAACGGUAGUCAUCUACGCCGACGAGGGCACAAGGUAUCUCCAGCAGCAGCAAAACGCCGUCGAUGAUACAUCAUCCUCCACUGUCAGCGGUAGUGAGGACUACUCCAGUACGGGAACAUCUUCACCUUGGAUAAGACAGCGGUCAAGCAAGCCAGAAGUACGACCUUCCUCUACCCCUGCCGGACAGGGAUGCUUCGAUGAAAGUGGUAGCGAAGGAGGAGGAGCGCCCACCAACAGCAGCAACAACUUGCCGAGCUUUGAUCUUUGUACGUUCUUACGAUUUGCCAUCAAAUGCUGCUCCGCUCUCGAUUACAUCCACAAACACAACUGCACACAUGGAGAAAUCUCUCUACAAAGCUUCCAGUGGGAUGGCACUGACGAAGGUCCCGUAAAACUGUGGAGUUUCGGCUCUGGCUCGAAAUCCAUGGAGCAAUAUUUAUUAACGUCAGAAGGAUGGCGCAAGACAAGCAAAAGCAAAAGACUGAUGAGCAUGCUCCAGAGCUUGUUGGUGUACAUGAGUCCAGAACAGACCGGCCGCACAACCUAUACCCCAGAUCACCGAUCAGACAUAUACUCUCUUGGUAUCGUUUUCUUCAUCAUCCUUACUUCGCGUAAUCCUUUUGAUGGCGGUCCGCUGGAAAUCCUAAACAGUAUCUUGAGUCGCAAAGUCCCUUUGAUUCAUGAGCUCCAGCUGAACGUUCCUGAAGUUUUAUCUAGAAUUAUCGAGAAAAUGACUAAUAAGGCUCCUGACGAUCGAUAUACUAGCGCCCACGGUAUCCGUACUGAUCUUCAAGAAUGCUUAAAGCGACUCACAGCAUCAGAAGAAUCAUCAUCUUCUGAAGAGUCCAUACCUGCAUUUCCACUAGCUCAAUAUGAUGUUGCAUCCGUUUUUACCCUACCCAAAUCAAUCUAUGGUCGACAAGAUAUCAUUUCCGAAAUGACUUUUAAAAUCGAGCGCUGUGCUGGUUUAUAUAAACCGAUGCGCCUACGCAGUAUUAACAGUAAUAAUCGCACAAAGACAUCCAGCACUGGAGUCACGGAGGUCAUGCGGGACGUAUUGAGUGAUGAUGUCUCUGACGAGGCAGCUAGUAAUGGCGAUGGGACGUUCAUAUCAACAACUUCCCCUAGUCGGUGCAGCAAUAGCGGCGUGGAAGGAAGCGACGUUUCUAGCAUGACAGGCCGUCUGGCUGGUACUUCCAGAAUAACCGCCACUGUUGUGGGCGUGUAUGGUCCUGGAGGAAUAGGAAAAUCGACUCUGCUAUCGGCUGUGCAACCAACGGCCCGCAAAAAUGGCUAUAUUGCUACGUCCAAGUUCGAUUCAAGGAACAAAGUUCCGUACAGCGCAGUUCUUAAGUCCUUAUCACAAAUACUUCAGCAGAUUUUAUCAGAAUCAGAAGAUCAAAUCAAUGCAUUUUACGAGCACAUCAAGCUAUCGCUUGGGGCUCAGUACUCAAAUAUUGCAAUGAUUACGGAUUAUGUUCCUGAACUCAAACCUCUGCUUAAUCGCAACGAUGAUGAUUCUCAAAUCAAUCUUACAGAAUCAGUGCAAGUGGACGAUAUUGAAGCUCGUCGGACACAGUUCCAUAACUUGUAUGUGGAAUUGAUUCGAGCCAUUACACGCUGGCGUAUGACGACGUUGUUUCUGGAUGAUCUUCAUCAAGCAGAUGUACCGUCACUUGAAAUCCUUGAGUCACUCAUGACAUCACGUGUCAAGAUAUUGAUGUUCAUGUCCUACCGUGAUGAAGAAGUUACACCCAAGCUAGCCGAGCUUCUUGAAAAUAAAAUUGCUGACGUCAGCCUCAUUGGUGUGAAUCCUAUCAGUACUGAUGCCCUUAUCGACUUUGUAUGCGACACACUCCAUCGACCACGAGACGUCAAACGAGAGGAUGUACUUCCGCUGGUCGAAACAAUUUACAAGAAAACACAAGGCAACGCAUUCUAUAUCGCACAGCUAUUACGAACACUCGAGCGCAAAAGAUAUAUAUACUUUGACUGGGAAAAUAACGAGUGGAGUUAUGACUUGCAGCAAAUUGAGGAUGCUGCGAUAUUUGAACAUGGCGACUUUCGAUCCGACACACAACUGGAUGUCUCGUUUAUCGUUGCGAGACUGCGUGAACUACCGCCGGCAAGUCAAGCACUUUUAAAAUGGGCCUCUUUCGUUGGCGAUACGUUCUCGUGGACGACAGUCAAGAGUUUGAUGCUCGAUGCUAGCAAAAAGAAAAACGAUGAUCAUCCCUCUUCUGAUUCACAAGCAAUGGCAACAGACGACGGAUCUAUUUUCUCGGAUUUAAACAGUAGCUGCGGAAGCGGUAGCUGCGGUGGUAGCAGUAUUGACAGCCCAACGGGUGACCCUAAAUCCACAUCAUAUCAAUCAUCUUAUCUAUCGUCACCUGUGACACCAUCUGAUUACUAUCAUCGUCGCAAGAACGAGAGCAGCAAGUCUUCUGUUUAUUCUGGAAGCAACGAUCCCAUCAGUGGAUUGCAAACAGUAUUACAAGAAGGCUACAUUAUGCCGGUUACCGUGGACGAAUUCAAGUGGAGUCACGAUCGCAUAUCGCAGGCGGCUGCCGAGCUGGCAAAUCCAAACACACGCAACAAGAUACAUCUGACUAUCGCACAGCACAUGAUGAAAGAGUCCAAUGUUGAUGCAUUUCUGGUUGCCGACCAUUUGCUAAAAUGUCAGGACCUGAUCAUGGCGCUUGACGACAGACAACCGUAUCGCAAAAUACUGAUUCUCGCUGGCGAUCGGGGUCGCUCCUCUGGUGCGCUCAGUAUGGCAUAUGCGUACUACACGUAUGCAAUACGUCUGGCUAAACCAGAGUUAGAAUGGACGGAUGAGGAGUACAAAACAAGUUUGCAACUUUACUGUAACGCUGCCAGCUUAAGUUGGGCGGAGGGCGACCUUGCAACGACCGAGAAGUCACUUAAAAUUAUAUUCGAAAACGCGCGAUCUCCUCUUGACCGGCUCCCUGCCUAUCGUGUACAAUCACGACACUACAUGAGCGCUCAGAUCCACAGUAAAGCACGACUGGCUCUUUUACAAGCAAUGGAUGAGCUAGGCAACGAAGUAUCAAAAAUUGACGAUUCCGAAGAAGGACUACAGCGUAUAUUUGCCCAGACUCAGCAAUUGAUUGAAGAGUACGGCCAUGACAAAAUCCUCAGCCUAUCGACAUGUGACGAUACUGUAUUAAAAGCGAUGAUGGAUGUCAUGAACGAAUAUAUUGCUGUGAGCUAUUUCAGUGGACAAAAAGGUGAAAUGUUAUACUGGUCGUGUCGUCUCGUUAUUUUGACCAUUACCCAUGGCCCGACUAGCGUAUCUGGCAGUUCAUUCGUCUGUGCUGGACUUGGCUUUGCGACUCUUUACAAGAAAUAUGAAUUUUCAGAAACAAUAAGCACGAUUGGUAUCGCUUUGGCAGAAAAGUACGGAAGCAAUCAAGACAAAGGCCGUGCUCACACUCUCUAUAUGGCGUUUGUGCGUCAAUGGAGCCAUCAUCUCCACGACAACCUGACAAAGCAUGUUCGACCUGCUUUACAAUAUGCAAAGUCUGCUGGUGAUCAAAUCUAUGCCACAGGUUGCCAGGCACACAUUGCCAUUACCAUGUUCUACUGUGGGCACCAUGUUGCCGAUACUUUGCGUGAAAGCGAGGAGAUAUUCGAAGAUAUACAUUCUUGGUCGCAGACAAGCGACAUGAACAGCUUUGUCAUGUGUAUCGUACGAGCGUGCAAGGCGCUUCAAGGCCAUACCUAUGUUGACACACCCAAUGUAUUUGACGGUGAUGACGGAUUCAGCGACGAGCACUUUAUACUGGAAACUUCCAAACAUAGCGAUUAUCCUGCAGUAGCACUAAACUGGUACGAAUCUUACAAAAUGAUCCCCUUGACAAUUUAUGGCCAUUAUGAUGCUGCUGUCGAAACUGGCCAUCGGUGCUUCGAGACGAUGAAUGCGCAUCCAAAUCAUCGCCACAUCGGACUGAAUUUGGGAUACUAUUCACUUGCAUUGAUUGAAAAGGCGAGAAACGAUCCAGAAAAUCGGCAGAAAUAUGUAGACCAGGUCAACGUGAACCAGGAUUUGCUUCAUGAAUGGGCUGUACAUAGCCGCAUCAAUUAUGCCAUGUACUGGACGCUUGUCGAAGCAGAGCUAGCCUCGCUUGGUGAAGCGACGGAUAUCUUGAAAGCUGCUCGGCUCUACGAAGAAGCGAUCAGCCAAGCACGAGAAGGGUUAUGGUACUUGGAGCUAUGUAUUAUUCAUGAAUACACGGGCGCGUUCUAUCAUCGAAUUGGCUUUGAUAACGUUGCAUACGGCUUCAUCAAAAAGGCUACAAGAAUGUACAUGUCCCAUGGCUCUUACGGAAAAGUACGCCAUUUAAAUAAUAAGUUUGCCGAUUUGAUCAGCUCUCUCGGUGAUGAACGAGUGGAACGACACGAAAAGGGAAUACAGACUGAUCCCAUGCCUUUCCAUGGUCAGCCUGCCUGGAGCACGUCCGCAUCUUCACAUGAAAACAUUGAUAACAACAACAACAAUGUCCCAGCAACCAUUGAGCCUUACAAUAGCGAGUCUAUACCGCCAGUAACAACUGAAGAGAGUUUAAUGACUUUGGAUAUACUGGAUAUGGCAUCCAUAUUGAAGUCGUCUAAUUUAUUAAGCUCCGAGGUGAAGUUUGAUAAACUCUUGACCUCCAUGCUGAAUAUAAUUCUGGAUAACUCGGGAGCAAAUUGUGUGGCGAUUAUUAUCAAGGAUGACAAGUUCGGUGUAUGCGCGUAUGGAGAAGAAGGUUCCACAACAACGUACGAUCCGCCUCUGCCGCUUUCGGAAAAAGACAAACUUGUGUCGAGUCGUAUUGUACAUCACACAAUCAACACGGGCGAAAGCAUCUUUAUUUAUGAUGUAGAAGAAGACUCUCGAUUUGCGGUCGGGCCAUGGUUUGAAGAGACUGGACGGAAGUCGGUAAUCUGUAUGCCGAUCGUUCACAAGUGUACGAUCGUUGGCUGCCUGCUUAUUGAAGGUACGAUUGGCGUGUUUACCCAGAGACACGUUACCGUGCUAAGUCUCCUGUGUCAGCAAAUGGGUAUCUCUAUCACCAAUGCCUUCCUCUUCAAAUCCGUGCAGCGUGUGACCAUGUCGAAUAUGAGAAUGAUUGAAAUGCAAAAGCAAGCGCUUGAAGAUGCACGAAAAAGUAAAGAAGCAGCAGACCGGGCUACACGUUUACGAGAAAUCUUCUUGGCCAAUAUGAGCCAUGAGAUUCGUACACCUUUUGCUGGCUUUUAUGGCAUGAUUUCAUUACUAGCCGAUACGAAACUCGAUGCAGAGCAACGCGACCUUGUACGGACAGCCAAAGAAUCAUGUGAAAUGCUGCUGCAACUAAUUGACGACUUGUUGAAUUUUUCGAAAUUACAAGCUGGAAAAGUGACACUGGAUUUAGCACCUGUCGUGGUAGAAGAGCUUGUAGCGGAUGUUAUCGAGAUGCUCAUUGCCAUGGCAAUACAGAAGCGUAUCAAUAUAACGUACACAAUCGCAGAUGACGUGCCUGCUGUCGUAAUAGCGGAUGGUAAUCGUCUGAGACAAGUCAUUAUAAACCUGCUUGGCAAUGCAAUCAAGUUCACGCAUGAAGGCGAAAUCAUGAUUCGCUGCUCUCUGAGACCAGGAGGCAUAUCAGCAGACAACAAAGUGCCGCUAUUGUUCGAGGUAAUUGAUUCAGGCAUCGGUAUCAGCAAAGAACAGAGAAAAGCACUCUUUGUUCCCUUUUCCCAGGUCGAUGGAAGUACUACACGUAAAUAUGGCGGUACUGGUCUUGGCUUGUCGAUCUGCUUGCAGCUCGUUACUUUAAUGUCUGGUAAAAUCGAUGUAUCCAGCGAACCAUCCAAAGGGUCACGGUUCUUUUUCACAGUAUCUGCAAUUCAGACGCAAGAGCAGGCAGUGAGAAAGACGGAGAUUCUACAUCAUCAUUUUGGUAGCUUAAAGGGCACACGAGUGCUUGUGGCUGACAAGCACGAGUCAACAGUUACAAUGGUGCAAAAGUUGCUGCCAGGCAUCAUCGUUGAUGGUGUUUGCUCGGUCGAUGACCUUCAUUCACAUCAAGCAGCAGACUAUCCAAUCAUUAUUGUCGGUUUGUUUUUGACCCACGAUCCCAAAUUUAAACUAUGGGCUACCAGACUUAAAAAAUUCCUGGAGCGUGCAAAAUGCAUCAUUGUCAUGCAUUAUCCUACAGGUGCGCUUAGUGAUAUGCUGAUGAGCAAUGCAAACGGCAGAAAGCUUUUAGCUGUAUCUUCGUCCACACCUUACGAUGAAGAGGGAAUCAUGAAGCAGCAGCAACAGUUGCAGGAUCCGGCUACAGACUAUGAAGCCGUUUCGACGAUAUUGCACGCAACCGGCAUUGGUCGGGAUCACAAUAAAGAUCAUCAAGCCGUCGUACGUAUGCCAGUACCGAUCCGCCGUAAGAAGCUGGUGAAAGUUAUGACAGAGAUGCUGGUACAACAACGCGAGCAAGACGGGCGGCAUAAAAUCCAAGACACAACGUCAUCGUCAAUAGCAACGCAAAGGAAGAGUUCGGCUAGCCAAGCACGUCCCCCGAUGGCUACGCAGAUCAGCUCUGAAAGCCAGCGACUCAUAGAUUCCCUGACGCCAGAGGAGCUUGCACUUUUCAAAACUCAAAACAUUCUGGCUGCUGAAGAUAAUCCCGUUGCACGGAAGCUACUCCACAAGCAGCUUAGCCGUUUGGGAUUUAAUGUCGUAUGUGCUGUAGAUGGGCUGGAGGCAGUCGAAGCCUGGAAAAAGCACCCACCUGGCUAUUUCACACUCUCGAUACUGGAUCAUCAUAUGCCACAGUGCGAUGGUGUAGAAGCGACCAAAAGAAUACGCAAGGCCGAAAAGGAACGAAAGCUUGACAUACGGCUCCCUAUUGUUACGCUGACGGCCGAUAUCCAGGAAUCUGCCAGAGAGCUCUGUAUGAAUGCUGGGUUCGAUGAAUAUCUUACAAAGCCAAUGAGCCAUGUAGUUCUUGUAGCCACGUUGAGGCGGUUCUGCUGCAAUGAGCUACAUAAGGAAGCGCUAUAACGACCUAUUUUACCCACUUAUAAUUUGCUGUUCUAUUUAUUAAAAUGAACAUUUGUUCUCCGUCCAAA